AACCGGAAGUGAUUCUAUUCGGACACGGAAGUGAUUCUUUUUGUUUUUUGUGCGAUUGUAAGGCGCCCAACGCCAGUCUGUGUCCGUCAUUUAGACUGCAGGAGCAUCGAGUUCAUCCCCACGAGUCCGUGUUUCACCUCCGGACCGGUUGCUGUUGUUGUUCUCGCCUACUUUGGCUCCCCUCCGAUGCCCGCUAGCUGUUAGCUGUUAGCCGCUGCUGUUGUCCGUCAUGGCGGCUGGAGGCGGCGCGGCUCCUGCGCACGUCGGCGAUGUGGAGGAAGACGCUUCGCAGCUGCUGUUUCCUAAAGAGUUUGAGAACGCGGAGACUCUGCUGAACUCGGAGGUCCACAUGCUGCUGGAACACAGGAAGCAGCAGAACGAGAGCGCCGAGGACGAACAGGAACUGUCUGAAGUCUUCAUGAAGACCCUGAACUACACGGCUCGAUUCAGCCGCUUCAAGAACCGAGAAACCAUCACUGCUGUCCGCAGUCUCCUCCUGCAGAAGAAGCUCCACAAAUUCGAGUUGGCCAGUUUAGCGAAUCUGUGCCCUGAAGCUGCCGAGGAGGCCAAAGCCCUGAUCCCCAGUUUGGAGGGUCGGUUUGAAGACGAGGAGCUGCAGCAGAUCCUGGACGACAUCCAGACCAAGAGAAGCUUCCAGUACUGAGACCAGGACUCCAGUCUGGGCUGUCCCGGGUCUCCCACCCAGACAUCGGUCCCUGUCCCUGUCCCAUUCUACAGUGUUUGAUUUUUUUUAUGUCCAGGACAACCGAACCCAACUGAACUGAUCAUGUGAUCUGACGACAUCCCAGUCCUCCAGGUGUUCUCUGAACGCGUCCUCACACAGGUGUUCCAUCAUUCAGGACCAAACUAAACAGAGUCAGUCUGUCCAGCUGAACGUUUCCUUCUGCUGUCACAAUAAACUUUGAUUUGUGUUUUUUUACA